AUGAAUAAUCGCUUGUCACAGUAUGCUAGCGAUUUAAAUUUGGGUAUCAGUAUAUCACAAUUAUUUGACAAGAGUCAAGAUGAACAAGAUCAAGAUUUGGAUCUCACUGAUAUAUUGCGAAAACAAGACGAAAUACUACGGCUGGUGAAUCAACAUUUAGAAGUACAAAUUAACAAUCACGAAAGUUUACUCAAAGCACAUCAACGGCAUGACGAUAUAUUGGAUAAUUUGCAAAAACGAAUGGCCUCCAUAAAAUUUCAGUUUGAAGAAAACUUGCGGGACAAGAGUAGAACAGGCGAAGAAGAUCUACCCCCCGACUUGAAGAUACCUUUCUAUGACUUACGUUUAGAAGAGUCAAUAGGAGCUGGGGGAUUCGGUGAAGUUCAUCGGGGUUUGUGGUCAAGUCGCCAUCAGAUAGUAGCAAUUAAGAAACUGCAUAUUAAUCAUCUGACUGCACAGUCCAAACGAGAUUUCAUUAAUGAAGUGACAAUUAUGGCUCGGCUUCAUUAUGAACAUGUUGUCACCGUCCUUGGUGCCUGUAUUGAACCAAAUUCAUAUGCCAUUGUUCUUGAGUAUAUGUCACUGGGUUCAUUAUUUGAUGUUUUACAGAAAAAGACAACUAUUCUCACGUGGUUCCAUCAGCGAUCAAUUGCCGAGCAAAUGGCAAAAGCAAUUAACUAUUUGCAUUUGUUAGAUCCGCCAAUAUUCCAUCGUGAUAUAAAAUCACUCAAUUUUCUAUUAGAAGAAAAUAUGAAACAUGGUGGCUAUCUAUCGAAAGUGUGCGAUUUCGGUUUGGCGUCGACAAGAAGAGAAAGUUCGAGACAGACGACGUUUGUUGGCGCAACUGGUACAUCCCAAUGGAUGGCGCCUGAGAUAUUCAGCAUGAAAAAGUACACGGAUAAAAGCGAUGUGUACAGUUUGGGAACGGUGUUCUGGGAGUUGGUGUCUGGUGAAAUACCGUACCAUGAUGCCCAAGAGUCAGCAAUACGUUUGGGUGUUAUAGCUGGUGAGCGGUUAGAAAUACCAACUCAUGUACCGAAUGAUUUUCGUAUAAUCAUUGAAAAAUGUUGGUCACAUAAUCCGCACGAUCGACCAUCCUGUCACAAUAUACUUUGUAUGCUUAACGAGACGAGUCAACAACCUAACCAGAAGGUUGUCCCAGAUCACUUCCAGUUUGAAGAAUAUUAUUCCCAGCCACGCCAAAGCAGCAAAGACAACCAAAAUCUAGUUCAUGACAAUUCACCGCCACCAGUUCCACCUAAAAUGAAGUUAUUGCUCAAGGAGGGAGAAAACAAAAAGUCGAAAUCGACAUCGAACUUGUUUACUGAUCCGAUUCCUGUUGUUCAACAGCAACCAAAGCACUCGUUCAAUACAGUUGGUGGACAACAAGUCCCGACCUGA